GCUGGUACCCCCUUUGCUUGGUAGAGAUGCCACUCUCGCCUCCUUUUGGAUAGAGCACUGAAGAAAGCUGUAGCACCUUAAGGAGCAUUGCCCUGGUCCCAGAAGAUGCUGGGGACAAUGAAAUAAGAAUUCCUCCAGUUAGCUUUGAAGCCAUCAUGUUGACGCGGCUGUUCAGCGAGCCCAGCCUGCUCCCCGACGUGCAGAAAUUCCCCAGCUGGGCGGAGGAGUGCGAGGAAGAUGAGCGGAGCGACAAGGAGGAGCGGAAAGGUAAAAGCGCCCCGCUGCAGGAGGAGUCGCGGGAAGGCUCCUUGGGCGAAAACAAAGAGGACGGGGACCUAGGCGGGGACGAGGAGGAGGAGGAGGAGGAGGAAGAGGAAGGGGUGGAGGAGGCCGAAGGGGACCGGCCCAAGAAGCGCGGCCCGAAGAAGAGGAAGAUGACCAAAGCCCGGCUGGAGCGCUCCAAGCUGCGGCGCCAGAAGGCCAACGCGCGGGAGCGGAACCGCAUGCACGACCUGAACGCGGCGCUGGACAACCUGCGCAAGGUGGUGCCCUGCUACUCCAAGACGCAGAAACUCUCCAAGAUCGAGACGCUGCGGCUGGCCAAGAACUACAUCUGGGCGCUGUCCGAGAUCCUGCGCUCGGGCAAGCGGCCCGACCUGGUCAGCUACGUGCAGACUUUGUGCAAGGGCCUGUCCCAGCCCACCACCAACCUGGUGGCCGGCUGCCUCCAGCUAAACUCCCGGAAUUUCCUCACGGAGCAAGGCCAGGAGGCCGCGAGGUACCACGGCCCCAAUUCUUCCUUUGCCCUGCACCCUUAUACCUACCAGUGCUCCCGGCUCUCGGGCACGCAGUGCCAGUCCGGCACCAUGGCCAGCUCCCACGCCUUGCGGACACAUGCCUAUUGCGCCACCUACGAGACCCUCUAUGGGAACGCGUCCCCAGACUACAACAGCUCUGAGUACGACGCCCCCCUGAGCCCCCCACUGUGUAUUAAUGGCAACUUUUCCCUCAAGCAAGACUCUUCCCCGGACCACGAGAAAAACUACCACUAUUCUAUGCAUUAUUCUGCCCUGCCAAGCUCCCGGCCGGCCGGCCAUAACUUGGUCUUCGGCUCCUCUGGGAUGCGCGGGGGCGUGCACUCCGAGAACAUGCUGCCUUACGACAUGCAUCUGCACCAUGACAGAGGCCCCAUGUACGAAGAGCUCAAUGCGUUUUUCCAUAAUUAACCCCCUUGUGACCACUGAAAUUUCACCCCCCCCCCACGACUGCACAUAGCAACCCCCCCCAACCCACUUCCAUUCUGCUCUAGGUUUUAAAUGUCUCCUCCGCCCCAAAACUGUGAACGUACAAUUGUUAGGUGUCUCCCCGUAACACACACACAAAGCUAGACUUUGCUCGGCUCACGGCUCUAGGUGAACUAGUCUCCCCUUUACUUGUCCCCCAAGGAUAGCAGACCAGAACAGAGUAUACACCGAAAAGAAAAUUUACUUUGGUGCAAUAUAUAUAUAUAUAUAAUGUAAAAAAAAUAUUAUUAAAAAAGCUAACCUGCAGGUUUGCAGUCGAUUGAAACAAGUGUCUAUCAUGGCCACAUGGAAAGAGAGUUUUAGGGAGAAAAAAAUGGAAAAUUAGAAACCCCAUCAAUUUUUUUUAAAGGGACAAAAUGUGGACAGUAAAAAAUAAAUGGGGGGAAAAUAGAGAAAUCGAGCAAUCUUUCCUCCCCCGCAAAAGUAAAGUGUAUUGUUUGGCAACACAUCAAAGUAAAUUUUAAACAAUGCCAGCCCGUUGUUGUUUUUUUUUAAUUUAUCAGGAAGCUUUUAGAAGGGGUUAUCUCAGAAAAGGGGAAUUCUCUAUUCUUUCCGAGGAUUCAGUAAAAGAUCCCAUGGAAGUUUAAUUAAGAAAAAAAAAUGUUUGCAACUUCAAAUCAGCAUUUCAAUGCAGUAAGAACUUUUAGAAGCAAUAAAGAGGCAAACAGAAGAUAAAUAUAUAUAUCUAUAUAUAUCUAUGCAAGUAGGUACUGAACUAGAAAAGUAAAACACAAAAGAAUUCAUAUGGAAUAUUAGACUAUGGACCAAGCAACUUGUUGAGGUUAAAAAGGUGCACUUUUUGAUUUGAAGGGAACGGAAUGUUUACGUUCCCUUCAUUGUUAACAAUCAGUGACUUCAGCUUUUUUGAACACCCUUGUACCACAAGUAACAUAUUUUCCAAAUUGUGUGUCAUGAUGUUUUUUACCUGUUUUAAAAACUUUUAAAAAAUAGAGGGGGGAAAAAAGAUUUAUAUUAAAUGGCAAAACUGUUUUGUUAUGCAUGGGUAGGAGCAAAAAAAUGCAAAUAUGCAAAUUAUAAAGGUGGUGUGAAGAGAGCACUUAUUAUGCUAUAUAUUUUAGUUGGCUAUUUUUCCUAUACUGAGGACUCUUUAAGUUAUUUCUUUAUGUAAUGCAUUUUUAGGGGAGGGAGGGAAAAAUUUGUGUAACGAACACAUCCGUAUAAAAAUAUGGUAACAAGACCUGAACUGAUGUAUCCUGGUAUAUUUUUUGGUGCAUUGAUCUAAUUUGUUUCAUUAUUAUUUAUUCCAUUUUUAACACAUUAUUUAAAUCAGGAGACAUCGUUAACAUAUUUUUAAACCUGCCUACAUCACCUUUAAACAUACCAGCAUUUUUAAAUAAAAGCGAGGAAGAGAAUUUCUGAUAAAUGUUUUAAAAAAGUUUUACAAAAAAAAAAUUGUAGCAAAGGUGAAAAUGUCUAUCAGACACCAGAAGUGCUUUUUUGUGUUUCUGUUCAGUUUAAUUGAGAUUAAUAAAUAUUUAUGUCGAAUGAUAUGCAAAAGACAAACCGUUUUUUACAGUGAUGUAAUUUUUUAAAAAUCAGUAUUGUUUUGCUAUAAUCAUCUCCACAAAGUCUCUUGGUUUUACAUACGUCCCAAAGUUAUUCUACAUUUUAGCUAGCGUCAUAAGGCAGAUUUUAAAAGGUUAGAAAUGGCAUCAUAUUUUUUAUUUUGCCUUAAAUCUCUCUGACACUAUUUUUAAAAAAAAAGUGAAAUCAAGAAUGUGAUGGUGUAAGUAAACAAAACAGAUUCUGAGAAACUUACCAGAAACUAGGGGGGGGGAAGGGUGCUAACAAGCUAGAGAAGUUAAACAAAAGUACAUAAAUAAACUGCAUGCAUCAGUAUAAAAAAAGAAAGUAAAAUAUUUUUCCAGACUCUAAACUCGUAUUCAAUUGGAUGUUUUAAGUAUUACUCACAGUGGAAAUUUCCACGAGAACUGAUAUCUUAUGUGAAAUGCACCAGUAUACUCAUUUGACGUUAAGAGCAGCAGUCAGUUGUGAUUUGAUUCAAAAGUGUAAUUAACAAGCGUCCUAAGACGACAAUUAAUAAAUAUUAAAUGUUGACUC